GUUUUCCAAGGCGCUGCAACGCCUAUCUCUGGUCUGUUAGGUGUACCAACACGCAGUAUGAAGUCUAAUAUAUACCGCCCAAUACCACCCUCCAAGCAGCCAAAACUGGGUAAUAUUUCGCCCGUACUGUCACGCCACGCGUAAGUAUCCAUUCGCCCCCUUCUGCGCCGUGGCCGACAACAACGGAAGAAGAACAAAAAUCCUGGCUGCGAUGAGACGAGACGAGACGAGACGAGACAGCGACACAAAGAUACUCUCUAUCCAGGCGAGUCGAGAAGCCAUCCCCAGGGCUACAUCUGCCACCUCUAAAAGGGCCAUGACCCGCCAGCGACCAAUCUCCUUCCCGCCAUGGUUGCUCGCUCAACACCGACGUUGAGAUUUUCGUCCGUACGACACAGAGAUCCUCCUCCUCCUGUCGCCCCAUCAUUCGAUCCUAGCAAAAUACCCUCCUUCGCUCACGACACCACCACCACAACCACCACCAAAUCAAUCCCCCCCAACCCCUCCACCACACGACGAAGUGCCGUAAUCCAACAACGACAACGACAACAGCAGAAACAUCACCAAUUACAAGACAAAUUAAAACCCCUUAAACAAUCCAAACUCCCCUUCCCCCUUGCCUCCUCUCCCCGCCAACCCCAACAACCCACCAAGACAAUUCCAGCGCCCGAACGGCCUUUCAAGAAGGCAAAGCUGGAUGGUCGCCAUCAUGACCAGGCAUCCAUCACCGGGCCUGCAAAGCUUCCCUUGCGCAGUAGGGAUUCACAGGGCCUACUACUACUGACACCGGAUUCAUCAUCUACAAAAACAACAUCAUCAACAACAACAACGCCUGCUGCGUCUCGGACGCGGUCAGCGAAUGCUACUGCAGCUACUGCAGCGGGUGUUAGUAGUAGUAGUGGUGGUGGUGGUGGGCUUACAGCUAUUAAUAAGAAUAAUAGUAAACCCACUACCCUGGCACUCUCCGCUCCACUCCGCUCCCCCGCAUCAGCCGUAUCUCGGACAACGCGCAAAUCUGCCCAUAGUAAUCAACAACAACAACAUCACACGCCUGUGAGGGUGAGUGAAGAUGUGGCGCAAGAGGAGAGGAGGAAGAAGAAAAAAGUGGUUAAUGGCAUUAUGAUUGCGGAUGACCAUGAUAAUGAUAAUAAUGAUAAGUAUAAAAAUGAUCGGAUUGUUAAUAACUUGUUGAAGGACGAUGGGGCUUCUCCUUCGACGACCGCCGCAGUUGGUCGUGAAAAGAGAUCGUUACGAUCUAAUGAUGGAGGAUCGAGGUCGAAGAGUGAGCUGGCGAUGUAUUUUCAGAAUUAUGAGCAGAUUCUCAGUUUAGAGCCUAUGAAGCCCGAGUUCCUCUCGGCAGACACCACGGUCUUACUCAUCGAUGACCUCACGCAACCUAUCGUACUUGAUCCUGUGCCGACAAAUGCGCCAGCAACCAAACUUCGGGGGAAGCACGAUAAAGGGAAUCCGCCAAAUGGCCAAAUGGCACAAUCGUUAAUGGAGAACCCACUUCUCGAGCUCCAUGAUGCCCAAAUACUUGACCUACGACCAUCUACACAUCAUAGUAAGAACCCAUCAAAGGACCCGCUAGAUGGCGAUGUCUACUUCAAGGCGCACCGGAGGAUCGAACGGCAAGAAAAGCAGCUCCGGAAUAUUGAGAGGGAGAGGGCUCAGCAUGAAAAGGUCCAGCUGGAUCGAUUACUGGAUGAGUUACAGGGCCAUGAUUGGCUGCGAGUUAUGGGUAUAAGCGGAAUCACGGAGACGGAAAAGAAACUAUACGAACCUAAACGAGCGUAUUUUAUCAAAGAGGUGUCAGCAUUAAUUGAUAAAUUCCGGGCCUGGAAAGAAGAGGAGAGACGACGGAAGAUUGAAAGAGAUCAAUACCUUGCCGAAGAAGACGAUGAUGACGAAGAAGAAGAUGAAGAAGAAGAUGAAGAAGAAGAUGAAGAAGAAGAUGAAGAAGAUGAAGAAGAAGAUGAGAACGAAGAAAACGAAGCGGAGGAUGAGGACGAAGAUGAAGCCGAGCAAGCGGCUGACCAAACCAGCAUAGGAAAAGAAGAUACCAGGCCCCAACCCAACAGGGACGGGGACCUGGAAUAUUUCUCUCCUAACUUCCAAACCUACGGUGAGCCCCCAGACAUCAAUGAUGUCGAUGCCUGGGCAGCCCGCCAACUCCAUCAAGAAGCCAUCUCAGCCUCCUCCAACACAGCACGCCGCAUCAACCUACUUCCCGAACAUGUCUCCAUACCACCACCACUACCAUCAUCUCAACCUUCCUCUUCCUCCCCUCCAUCCUCCUCCUCCUCUUUUUCACCCACAUCCACCUCCACAUCAUACCCUGCCCCUGCUGGCCGCGAUUCUGACCGAGCUGCCCGUUAA